AUGGAUCAACUCUCCAAACCGACGAUCAAAGUGCUGUCAGAUUCCGAUGCCAAUUCAAGCAGGGACAAUGUAUUGAUUUCCUGCCAAGGUGAUAUUCGGCCCAGUGGAGGAAUAUUCUACUUUUACAAUAGUCGGAGGAAAGGUUUUAGACAGAAACAUCAUGUGACUGGUCUUGAAGAUACUGCGGUCUUUACCAUCAACAUCCAUGAACAUUCUUCUGCAGGAAACUACACUUGUCAAUAUGAAACAGAGGUAAACGGACGAGCCAUCCUUUCCCCGUCUAGCCAAUCUGUUUCAGUCACAGAGAAAAGAAAGGAGGGUCACACAUCAAAAGCUGCACAGAAGAGACUAUAUACGUUCGUCGGACUGGGAUGUGCUGCUGUGAUCAUUGUCUUACUUGUGAUGCUGUGCCUUCUUAUUGUCAAGAAAGGUCAGAAUAAACGUCAAAAUAUUCAGAGGGCUGCAUCCAUAGCAGUUCAAAUUACAGACAGCAAAGACAAAGAUGGCAUUUAUGACAACGCCAACUUGAUCUAUUGCAAAUCCAUGGGCGAGUAUUCUGAAGUGCACGACAACAAUUGUGAGAGCGUUACUUAUGCUGCCUUGAACAUAGAAGGUUCGAAUCAAAAUACAUCUGCCUCGGUCGUCAGGGAAGAGCUGUGCGUGUAUAUGGACGUGAAAACAUAACAACCUUUUCACCUCCGCCCCCCACCCCCGCACACCCCUUCAUCGCCAUUGCUUCAUUUUUCGGUCAUGUUGUUUACUGAAGCUCAACCAGUGAAUCAAUUCAGUACCCCAUUCUCCUUUACAUCAACUGAUGCAGCGAAAAUCCGCUCCUCGUUCCCCGAGUUCUCAAAGUCUCUUUGCAACAUUUCCUGGAUUGAAAAUACAGCAAAAAGUUCCCCACUAAGUUCUUUCGCCUCCACUCCCAGAUGGGCCAGGCUUGACGACGAGACAGAAAGAGUAA